ACAUACUCGUAUUACGUAAGCAAUGCGAGAGGAGACGCGUUUGUCGGAUUCGGUUAAUGAGAGGUGUCGCCACGCGCGUCUUGUUAUUCUCUUUCGGCUCUGUUUUCGAUGGAUAAAUAUCAGAAUUUAGCGUAAUUUACCAAAGCUUUUUUCGACGCGGAAAGAAACGAUUCCAUGAUGCUUUCGUCUCUCGGUGCACGACACCCGAUCGUUUCUUGCUUCCAACAGAACUCGCGCGCAGUACGGCGACAACGUAUCGUGUCGUAUCGUAUCGUGCUCCAAAUAAAUCUAUUCUAUGGCAUGGAAUGUAACGGAUUUUUCUAUUCGGUAGAUGUUGCAAGCCAAAGUUGUCGUGCAGAGACAAGAUCCGAUCCUCGUAUAAUUCGGCGACUCGUCGCGAUUACUUUGCGUUCGGACGAUUCGCCGAUGUAGGUUCCAUACGUACCGGCACUGCUCGGGAACGCUCGGAACCGGUCGGAAACGCUCGGUAACGCUCGAUCGUAAUCGGGAGUGGUCGGUGACGUUCGAAGAAGGUCGACGCCGAACGAACGAACGUGUGACAGUAAUGUCCGCGAUUGCUCGUUUCACCGUUCUGCCGAUCGGUGCUGUUUAUUGCGCGCAAUGCGAGCAGUGAUACGCGUUUCUUGGGAAUUCUUGGAAACGCCGUUUCGCGAUUGAGACGAUCGCCGCGUUAUCUUAAUAUCGGCGACGCACGUUCGUCCGCGUGGAUCCAUUUUCGUUUCGUUUUCCGUCGAAACGUACACGCGAUCGUCGUAAUGGUUCUAACGCGGCGCAUCAACGUUGCUCUCGCGUAGGGUUUCUCGUCUCGACGACGACACCGUUCUUCAAGACUAGUCGAACGAGCUGCAAAACAGGAAGGAAAGAAACUGGGUAAACAUGGUUACCAAACGGACAUUGUACGAUUCUUUGUCCACGGAGAUGAGGAUAACGAAGCGUACGUAACGUGAAUUAUUACGGGUAAGCUGGGUGAAAUUGCAAGGGUGAAUGGUGAACGGUGAACGGUCAGCGGGAACCGGGAACCGGGAACCGGGGACCGGGACCUGAACCUGAACCUGAAUCGAGGACCGUGUUUCGAAUUCCGAGAUGCGAUUCAACAAGCAAGAACUGCUCACUCUGGCUACGCAACCUUCACAGAAAUUCGAGAAGGAGGGUAUAUUGUACGUGCGCGAGCGACAAGAAGGCUUCUUUCGCAGAACUGAGAGUACAGGUAAAAAAUCUGACAACAAAUUUCAAAAGGGAAAAACGCAUAAGACACUCCGAGACUUCAGUUGUGUUACUGCCAGUACGAGUAAAGUCAGUUUCGAGAGAUGGUGCAGAUUGCGAGGAAACCUAUUGUUUUAUUUCAAAUCGCGGGAGCAAUGGUCGGAACCUUUGGGAGUGAUAAUACUCGAACAAUGCUUCGUACGGGUGGAACAACCGAGCAACCAGAUUCCGUAUGGGUUCAGCAUAGGUAAGUUACUCUACUGUUUUCCUCUUCUUCUUUCUCUUAAUAUGGUUUGUUACGUUCCAGUAUUCGACGGAGGUCUGUUCCAAGCGUUGGGCGCAAAUUCGGCCGAAGAGCGGGACAGUUGGUUGCAGGCGCUUCAGUUGGCCAGCUACGAGUGUAUGCGGAGUCAGUUGUUGGCGUUGCGACAGCGAAUAGAAGCGUUUAGCGGGCACAAACACGACACGGACAUUCAAAUGCUACGGUUGCAACGCGGGAUCACGACGGAUCCUGCCGAAAUACCGAUGUGCGAGAUAUCGUUGACGUGCGAUAAUCUCCUCUGCGACGGACACGGUCGGCCCCCAAAUCCCGUGCUGGAGAUAGACGUUCAGCCGAAGGGAUCGAAAACCUGGAUCAAGUACGCGCGAACAGAAGUUAUGGAGCGAAGCAGCAAUCCUGGUUUCCUAACGACCGUUAGUUUCCGGGUUAGCGACGGUCUAAACACCGAGACAAAAGUAAGGAUAACAGCGUACGACGUCAGGGAGAGAGUGAGUCAAACGGCCACGCCGAUUGGAAGCGUUAUCAUCACUCUGAACGCGAUCCAAGACACUCCCAGAUUGAGGAUACCGUUAAAGUCUGCGAAAACAACCACCGUCGGCUUUUUGACCAUCAACGCGUGGAAUCUCGAAGCGGAAGACAAAGGCAACAGUACCGAGAGCACUCCGUCGAAAGAAUCCACAUGCGGCCCGAACCAGCAGAUACUCGCGCACAGACGUUCCCAGUCGUUGCCCCCUCGCCUCGGAACGAAAAUCAAAUUGCCGCAUCAAGGCCAGCUGAAGCUCUUUUUCGCAAACCCCUACGUACAGACGUACAGAUUUCAUUCUGGCUUGGGCGGUGACAUCUGCGUCCACGAGAUUAUGACCGAAAGUAAACUUUGUUUUCAAUUUCCUCAGCAUUUACUUGCAAUUUGGAUUCAAGAAGAGAAGGAAUUGCUGCAAGAGGUUGCCGGAAUGGGUGAAUUGCGAGAACCCUGGCACACCAAGCAAAUCGAAUUGCUCGAUCGUCAUCUACAUCUUUUACAUCUCUAUUCCCAGGCGAAAGAGAAUUUAUCGACCUUUAAAGGAAGUUAUUUUAAACGGUCGUCGCGCAAAGAUGACAGGGCACUCGAGUUUGCGCCGCUCAAUCUUCAUCUCCAAAGAAUGUGGGUUCACAACGAUACCUUGAAUAAGUGCGGAUUUUACGACCUCAUAACGGUUGGGGCGUUUACCGCGCAUUCGCACAAGAGCAAAAACGGAGGACUCAUAAGGUUGGUUCAAGCCCUGAAAGAAUCACCGACGCGCGGCACUCAUUUGUAUCAAGGGACCUCCAAAAUUAUAAUGGCACACGACGCCAUUCAGGCGAUCAAGCAGCUCCGCCGCGACGUCGUUGACGCUAUGCGUGCUCUGAUGAAGCUGGCGAAAGAAAAACAAACUAGUGGAAUGUUACCAAUUUGCGAAGACAUGAUUACGAAAACCAGAAUCCUGCUUAGUCUCUGGGACCCUGGUUUGGUGGAAGAAGCGUUGACGUUUCUCGAGGAGUACAAAGUUGCCAAGGUUCACGAAGACACUACCGAGGACGUGCUUAAUUUUCAGUUGAAAGCCAAUCAGUCUUUAUCCCCGUUCAAACGGAUUACUCAGCAGUUGAAUUUCGACUUGAAAAGUCCGGAUUUCGAUGAUUUCGUCACACCCGAUACCCCGGAAUGCCUCAAAGAUCUCUGGACGAACGAAAACGAGAAGAAUAAUUACCCGACUUUGUUUCUCUCGAAGAGCAAUCACGUCGUCACAGCCAAAGAGAAACUUGUCGCUUUUCCGAUCGUUGAAGACAGUGUCCACAAAAAUACAGAAAUGGGAAUGUACGUAGGAACGAAUCGAAGUGCAAUCGACGUUUCUCAUUCUUUGACUACCGAAAAUCGCAGUGGCAACGACAACAACGACAACGACAACGAAAACGGCGACAACGACGACAACGACAACGAAAACGGCGACAACGACGACAACAACGACAACGACAACGACGAUGAAAACGACAAUGAAAACGAUGUGGACAAUAGCAUCAGGAAUGAUGUCAAGAAUGAGAAUGUUCGCGAAAAAGCAUUAUCGAACGCUGAUUCGAAUCGCGCGGUAUCCGAUACAGUCGAGAACAGCGGGGAGAGAGAGGAAACGAAAGGCGAUAUCGAUCCGUGUAAACGAUUUUUAGACACCCAGAAGAUGUGUAAUUCACCCUCCGCAAAUUAUUAUAAACCGACCGACGAACCGGAACCUUGGGAUCUAACGCAACUAAACAUAGAAGCGAGUGUAAUGUGCCUGGUAUCGAAAGUGAAAUUUCUUUGCGGUAGAUGCAGCAGCCCCGCUGUACGUUUGAGAAACAGAACGGUUCUAAAGAGAUCGCAUAGUUUGAAAGGAUGCCAUCCGAAUAAUCGAAAUCAAAGUUUGGAGGUAGUUACGAUUCAGCCGAAGAACGACAUCAGGAACGAAGAGUCGAGUAAACUUCUCGAAUCCGUGGAAAAUCACGCAGUCGCGCGUCAACAUUCCAGUCCUGGAUUCGAGAGAACAGCACCAGCUUUCUCAAAAGCCAAAGAAGUGUGCCAAGCGGUCGAUUCGAUGACCAGAGUAAUCAAAAGUAACUCUGGCCAGAGGAAUAAAUUCAUCGAGGGUCUCGAUUUCGCCUCGAUCGUCGAUUGGACGAGCGAGCUGAGACCGAGCAUGAAGAAACUACGUCAGGCUAUGGACGGACUGUUGAAGACCGCCAGAUUAACGCAUUCGGUGUUCAGAGUGCAAGAGGACGCAAAGAUGGCUCAGCGCGCCUGCAACGUUCGAUACAGGCGGGACGUGUGUUUCAGUCAAGCGUUGACCAGCCUGGUGUCGGGAAUAAUGGCGAAGCUUUGGUGUCAAAGACCCGAUCCCAUGUUUCUCUUGAUUUUAACGACUCUCGGCCCUUUGGUCUCGUUCGAAGGACUUCUCAGUUAUUACGGGGACGAGAUAGACAUGUGGGGAGACAUGACCGUCGCGGUCGAAGAUAUGCACACCGUCACCUUCACGUUGACCAGAUGCGGUGUUCAGUCGAGGCUCGAAGAUAACGGUAACGUUCCGUUGGUUCAACUACCCCUGCCGAGGGUGGUAGGCUCGCGCGCCGCAUUGACGGUGAUGCUUCCCGUGCCGGACGCCAUCUAUUCUUUGCUGCCACUGGUUCCUUCCACCAGGCAGACUAUCUCGUUCAACGUCACUCCAGUCUUUUUCAACGUCGGAAUAAACGAAAUGGCUUCUUUGGCGGAGAGCCUAGGGACCACGAAGCCACAAGAGAAGAGUAACAUGGACAAUUUCGAAAGGUUGAACGAAUACUAUUUACGAUUCAAGAAGCUGAAUUUGCCCACGGAGACGGCAUCGACGCGACUUGGCACGAGAUCGCCGCUCGGUCAAACAUUGGCGGAGCUGAUGACCAAUCUAAAGGCGAGCGUCCAGGCUAAAGUGAACAAGAACGUAGAAAUCUUGCAAUUGUCUUCCCAAAUUUGCCGAAGGAUGCGCGGACUUCGAUUUACCAGUUGCAAAAGUGCCAAGGAUCGCACCGGCAUGUCGGUCACCCUCGAACAAGUGAACAUCCUGACCAGCGAAUACCAUUUGGCCGAGCACGAAUUUACCCGAGCUCUCGACUGUAUCCGAAGCGAAGGGUGUCGUCGAGAAAAUACCUGGAAAAAUAUCGGGAUUCGAAAGUAUGCGUUCAACAGUUUGCAAAUUCUGACGCUUCCCAAACUGUAUCGUCCGCCGACGGGAACGUACGGGUCGGCGCAAACCUAAGCUCUGCCCCCGAACGAGGUCGCGUACAGUCUCGCGACAACAGUCUUACCAGAUAUGCUCUAGACGCACGAUUCGCGCAAUUCAAGAGAGUGCCAUUUAAUAGCGUAUCGCGCGAUACCUCGAUAUUAGAAGGAACUAUUAUAUACGAACGAAUAUACACGUAGAAGACGUAUGUUGAAUUCGAAAAAGUGUAUUUUUAUUAUUUCUGUACAGAACAUUUGAUUCGAUUAGAUGUAAGAAUAUCGUUGUUGCAUCGGUCGUCUACUCGAAAAGUAGAAGAAACGUUGUGAUCGCGAUUGCGAUUGCGAUCCCAAUCCGAAUCCCGAUCCCCGUGUUCCACGUUACAUUGUAAUUCUGCUGCAUUCCGGACACCGGGAAAUUUCUUUUUUCCUCCUUGAAAAUAAAUACGAUUUAUUUACCGUUUCCGUUUAGUCUCGAAUCUGCGAAAACUGAAACAGUUCGAAUGUUCUGCAUCGCGAUCACAACUCGGAUGACGAUUACUGUACAUCCUCUGCGUGCAAUGUCGUGGACAAACACAAACCGGUACCAGUACUUCCUUAGUAUCCUAGAAUCUUAGAUCUUGUCAGGGAACAAGCUGUUUUCAAUAAAUUAUUGAUCUUA